AUGGGAACAUCGUUACAGGAAAGUCUAUAUUUGGCGGUAAAAGAGCAGUGUUUCCUGCAAAUUGUCCCAGAAACCAAAUUGGUCACAAAAAGGUACUCCAGGGCGAGAGGUAACCGACAGCCGCCAAGGCAUUGCAUGGCCAGGCUAUUGCAGAAGGUGCUCAAGGCCGUGGUGUCACGCGCUGGAAACGAACUUCCUCCGAUCUUCCAGGUUGCUGCAAAGUCCAACCGAGCAGAUGAGGCUGUGCAUUUCCGGGAUGCCUUUCAAUGCUUCCUUGACAACUACUUCGUGAAUGAGGAUGCGGCAAGUGCUGCAGCAGAAAAGCCAGCUGGAAGCACUCCUCGGCGUCCAGCUUCAGGAGAUCGUGUCAACCGACAGAUACCGACAGCAUAG